AAACUUUAAAUCAUAUGACCACCUCCUCAUUGUUUCUUGAUAGCCCGAUUCUUGCCACCACUCCCGCAUCAUCAUGAACGGUUGCCUCUUUGCAUCCAUUGAUGUCCCUACUUUCGGCCGUCUAAUCCUUACUUCCAAUCCCAGCCUCUCUCUACCGUUAUUGUUUCUGUUCGAUAUUCUCACCCCAUCCCAUGGUGUCCUCGCCAACACUCGCACCACAUGUUGAUAUGACUAUCACUGCAAGUUCUCUUGCCUAUGCAGCAACCCCCGCUCUUUCUUUCAUACCCCCAUAUGGUUUGUCUGGAGUUCCAUCCCACUUAGUGUCUCAUACCUUCAUCUCAUGACGCAUGUCUCAGUAUUUUGAUUGUAUUGCGCAAAUUAACACAUUUUGGACAUACAGGAUGGUGCGUCUCCUAGAGAUGGCGUUCCCACGGUCUGGCCAUGGGUGGAACCUCAUCAAGGUUCAUUUACUCACGCAUCUCCCUGAUGCUAUCCGACGCGGGGGCCUGCCACGAGAGUUCGCAGCCGGGGUUUUCGAAAAUGCACACUCGCGGACUUGCAAGCAGCCAUAUCGGUCGUCAAACCAUCGUCAAUAUGUGGACAUCAUUCUAAAGCACAAUGUUACGCAAGACUUGCUGCACCGCGUUAAGAGCUCGCUUCCACCGCCACGCAAAUACAACACUGCAGCUGCAAGAGCGAUGGAGACGGGGACGCCAAAACUCACCGAGGAUUCGGAUUUACUGACGUAUGGUGACGCUAACCCCAGAUCUGGAAGCGACAUCUAUAGCAGCUAUGUCGAAGCCAAUGGUGGGGAAUUGGGGCCUUACGGUGAGACAAUGAGGCGCGCCGGUUACCAGAGCUUCCCGGCUGAGGUUCAUAGGGCAGUAGCAAUCCCGACCUCUGACAUUGAUGGCCAGCCUGCCUGCUGGUAUGCAAGGGCAGCACUUAGGAACCAAAAGGAGCCUGCAUUUUCAUGUGUCAGCAUUUCUAGUACCAGAGGACAGCCCGUGUACGGCCAGCUCCUGCUUCUUUUGCGUGCGGAGAGGCUUGUAGGGUCCCAGGCAGGCCAGAAACGCGCAGUAGCAUACGUGCGGACGUGGACCACUGGUGCUGUGGACGACAUCACUGGCUGCAGUAUUUUGCAUCGACAAGGGGGCGGGAAUGGGUACACGGUAGUACCCAUUGAACGGCUCACCGAUGUGGUACACGUCGUGAAGUCUUUCGAGCAUCAAGGAGUGUGGCCACUCAAUCGUUGGGCUCACCUACGCCGGCCCCUUACAGGUGAUAUGGUCAUUGAUCAUGCACCAUAAGGUUGCUUUGAGGGGAGUUACCAAUGGUCAGUGGAGUGGUUCUGCUCAUGUCGGCCCUUGCUGGCCUUUCCAAGAGGAGGGAGGGGGAGGAGGGAUGCCCACUAUGCAACAGGCCUAUUACCGCUGGCCCCACUCCCCCUAACUCCUCGACUCCCUUCCAACAGUUCCAGCGUACGCUUCACUGUCGCCCUUCAACUCUCCUACCGUGUUGCCUUCACACAUCCACCUUCCUCCCCCCUUCUCCCAGCACCGUUCCCUCUAGGUCCUACAAACUUUCCGGGCUGUUGCCCAUUGGUAGAGAUCGCGUGAAUCACCCCCCUGCAAGUCACGCCAUUUCUCUCCACCACCUUCUAUUGCUGACCCUGCAUUCCUCUCUCACCCUGUGUACCCUCGGCUCUGCAGCCCCUCCUCAUCCUCUGUUGCACUGUCAACUUCUGCACUAUCCUUUCGCCCCUCCUCUCCCCUUUCCCAUUCGCCACUAUCCCACCCUCCGCCCCAUGCCUUCCCCAAUAUUAUCCGCUUCUGAGCUGGCCCUACUAACCCACGCCCUCAAAUCUCCACACCCACACAAUGAUGGAAGCGCCUCCCACCAGCACAAGCUCCCCUGCAUUUAGUACUGGACUUGGUCGGGGAACUGCAUCUACCCAAGCCCGCACGACUCUCUCCCUGACCACCAUGCUGAGCCGUGGCUGUGAUGGGGUAAAUGUCCAACGUUUUAUAAGUCUUACCCGCCUGUCUCGUGUAACGGACCUUAUAAUGAGGCAGCACGCUCUGCUGGUCAUUUAGAUGCUGCUACCGUAGAUUAUACACCCAUGUGCUGUGCUAUACCUCACAAGUUGUUGCCAGAACCCUCCCCCUUUGGUGUAAAUUCGAUCUUUUAUACCAUC